AUGUCAUCUCCACUACAAUUCAUCUCUCGAUUCGCGACAGAAUCCAUCAUGGCGGAACCGGCGUGGAAAAAGCUCGGGCUCAAGGUUUCCGAUAGUGGCGAUUCCGGGGUUUCUGUUGCACACAUAGACUCGGCGCAGCUCACAAAUCGCGAUGUUAAGGCGAUAAAUAAGCAAAAACGGAAAUUGGAACAUGGAAAUAACGGCACCAAAAAACCACCCAAACGAGUCAAAGUUCCUAAAAGUGAACGUAAACCUCCCCCAGAGAAAGAUCAGCUCUUCUACUUGCGCCAGUAUACAACAGAUCGAGACAAUUGGAAAUUUAGCAAACAGAAACAAAACUGGAUUUUGAAAAAUAUCGAAACGAUUCCCGAAAAGUAUCACCACGACUUGAUAGCAUAUUUAGAAGGUAUUCAAGGAGGCUCACGACUGCGACUUUUGGAGGAGAUGCAGGCGGUGGUGGAAAGAUGGAAUGCGGCUGGUAAUGCUGCGGAGGAAAAAAUAAGGGAGAAGGGGAAUGGAGAAAAGACUGAAGAAAAUGGAGAAGAAAAGUCUGAGAAGUCUGAAGGUAAUGAGUCUGAGAAGGAAGGACCAACUUAUACUUAUGCCGUGCGGUGUCGUGACAUCAUAAAGGCUUUGACGGAGGAGUUUUUCCCUCUUAGCGGCGUUGACGAAAUUGAGAGUGAUGAGAAAAACGAGCCUGAAGAAACCGAAGAAAAGGCUGAAUUCCCGGAAUCACACGACGAGGAGGACAAUCUUAUAAUUGAGGAGGUAGACGUUGCGGGCGUGCAGCUUGAGCCACCAUUAGCAUUUGAGAAAAAGGAACAUGAGGAGGAGGAGGGAAAGGAGAAGAAGAAGAAGAAGAAAGAGAAAAAGGAAAAGAAGGAGAAGAAGGAAAAGAAGAAGAAGGACACAAGUAAAUGA